GCAGCACUGGGCGGGGAGGCGGGUGUUGACAAAGUGAAACUAACGUUGCUAAACAUGCUACAUGUUGCACACAUGAACAAACUCUAAAACACUUCAGAAAUCUCUCUUCAACCGCUACACAGUCUCCGGUGGUUUUUAAAACUACAGUAAAUACUAGAGAAAAAUCUGAGAACACGCCAACACCAUUUUAAACAGACACGGAUAUGGCUUCCUCCAGCAGUCUCCUGUCUGAAGACCAGUUCCUGUGCUCUAUCUGUCUGGAUGUGUUCACUGAGCCAGUCACCACUUCAUGUGGACACAACUUCUGCAUGGUCUGUAUUACAAAUUACUGGGAUAGCAAGGACCUGUACCAAUGUCCACUGUGUAAGGAGAAAUUCCCAGAACGACCUAAACUUAGUGUCAACACAAUGUUAAGAGAGGUUGUAGAGAAUUUUAAAACGAUGAGACACAGAGGAAAAGAUGAGUCCCCUGCAAAAGCUGGAAAUGUGCCCUGUGACGUCUGCCCUGGGAUGAAGCGCAAGGCCCUGAAGUCCUGCCUGGUGUGUCUGGCUUCUUACUGUAAGACUCACCUGGAUCCUCAUCAGAUAGCCCCAGCCUUAAAGAGACACAAACUGGUCGACCCUGUGGAGAACCUGGAAGACAGGAUCUGUAAGAAGCAUGACAGACUCCUGGAGUUGUUCUGUAGAACUGACCAGACAUGUGUGUGUCAGUUCUGCACUGAGGCAGACCACAAGACUCACAUGACUGUCCACAUAGAGGAAGAGUGUGGAAAGAGGAAGGCUCACUUGGACAAAAAAGAGGCAGAAGUGCAGCAGAUUAUCCAGGAGCGACUGAAGAAGGUUAAAGACAUCAAACUCUCAGUAGAUCUCAGCAAGAGAGAUGCAGAUAGAGAGAUAACAGACAGCAUACAGGUCUUCACUGCUCUGGUGCGCUCCAUUGAGAAAAGCCAGGCUGAACUAAUUGAGGUGAUUGAAGAGAAGCAUAAAGCAGUAGAGAGGCAGGCUGAAGGGCUCAUUAAAGAUCUAGAGCAGGAAAUCACUGCGCUACAGAGGAGAAGCACUGAUCUGAAGCAGCUCUCACAGACUGAGGACCACCUCCAACUUCUCCAGAGCUUCCCAUCCCUAGUGUGCACCCCUCUACCCACCAAGAACUGGUCUGAGAUCAGUGUUCACAGUGCUCUGUGUGUUGGGACUGUGAGGAGAGCUGUGUCUCACCUGGAGGAGAUACUGAAUAAAGAGAUGGAGAAGCUGCCUGAGGUCAAACUGAAGAGGAUUCAGCAGUAUGCAGUGGAUGUGACUCUGGACCCUGAUACAGCACAUCACAAACUCGUCGUGUCUGAAGAUGGGAAACAAGUAAGACGUGGAGACAUACCACAGAAUCUUCCUGACAAUCCAAAAAGGUUUAAUCAGUAUUGGAUUGUCCUUGCAAAGGAUGGCUUCUCCUCAGGGAGAUUUUACUAUGAGGUGACGGUUAACGGUAAGACUAGGUGGACUUUAGGAGUGGCCAGAGAGUCCACUGACAGGAAGAGGAAUAUCACAUUGAGCCCUGAACAUGGACUCUGGACUGUGAUACUAAGGGAUGGGAAUGAGUACCAAGCCUGUACCUCCCCCCCUGUUCUCCUCUCCCUGAGAAAGAAGCCCCAGAAGGUGGGGUUGUUUGUGGAUUAUGAGGAAGGUCUGAUCUCCUUUUAUGAUGUGGAGGCCAGGUCUCAUAUCUACUCUUUCACUGGCUGCACCUUUACCGAGAAACUCUUUCCAUACUUCGGCCCCUCUGAUAAUGAUGAUGGUCAAAACUCAGCCCCUCUCAUCAUCUCUCCUGUCAAUCACACACACUGAUUAAACAACGGAAAGGAAACUGUUUUUUCCCCAGAUAUUUUAAAAUGCACAUUUACAUAUUGUAAACAUACGGACAGGUCACAUCAUUUGAAUAUCCACAUUGUCCUCUGAAGUUGUAUCCUCAAAUGAGAAUGUAGAGUAUUCUGUACAUCUUAGCAUGGAUAAUAAAUGUGUGUAUUUACUGAAUAAUGAAGACUAUUAAAUGGAAUUAAAGUUA